AUGUCGCUGCUACGGCGAUUAUCGAACCUACUCACCAAUCCAUGGCAUACACAAUGGAUCGGCCCUCUCCUCAUCAUGGGCGACGCAUUCCUCUGUGCCGCGGUGAUCUGGAAAGUCCCUUACACCGAAAUUGACUGGACGACCUAUAUGCAACAGAUCUCACUCUAUGCUGCCGGCGAACGUGAUUAUACUCGGAUCAAAGGCUCCACUGGUCCGCUCGUUUACCCCGCUGCGCAUGUCUAUAUCUACGACCUGCUCUACCAUAUUACCGAAGAAGGACGGGAUAUUCUUGCCGGUCAGAUCAUUUUCUCGUGGAUCUAUGUUGCCACAUUGGCGGUGGUCUUUGCUUGCUAUAGGCAAUUAGAAGCCCCGCCGUAUUUAUUCCCUCUUCUGGUUUUGUCGAAACGGUUACAUAGCAUAUUCAUGCUGCGCAUGUUCAAUGAUGGUGUGGCAACACUGGCAUUGUGGAUUGCGAUUUACCUUUUCUUGAAGAAAAAAUGGACAUUGGCUGUUGCAGUGUGGUCUUUGGGAGUCGGGAUCAAAAUGACUUUAGUCCUCCUUGCGCCGGGAGUUGCUAUCGUUACAUUGCUUGGAUCUGGAUUGGCUCGCAGUGUAUUGCUUGGGGCUAUGGCUGUGCUGAUUCAGAUCUUGCUUGCGAUCCCCUUUGUCCAAACCAAUGCACUUGGCUACGUAUCCCGGGCGUUUGAAGUAUCGCGACAAUUCAUGUUCAAAUGGACAGUCAACUGGCGCUUCGUGGGCGAGGAUGUCUUUUUAUCACGCACUUUCUCUGCGGGGCUGCUAUUGAUACACAUUGCUAUACUGGCCCUUUUCACUUUCCGUUGGGUGGCCCCAGCGGGUUCUAACCCCAUAACCUUCCUACAGAAGACUAUCACAGGUCACCAGCAAACCGUAUCCCUCUCCAAAAGAUUUAUCAUGACAACUCUGCUUAGCUCCUUGGCCAUUGGCCUACUCUGCGCCAGGUCUCUCCACUAUCAAUUCUUCGCAUACUUGGCAUGGGCCUCCCCGUUCCUCUUCUGGCAGGCUGGCAUUCACCCAGUCGUGAUUUAUCCUGCGUGGGCACUGCAAGAAUGGGCAUGGAAUGUUUACCCGAGUACUAAUACAAGCUCAGCGGUUGUGGUUUUGUCGCUCGCCCUGCAAGUAUUCGGUGUGCUCAUUAACGGGGCGGGAGAGGCGGAUAACAAGCGUCACGGAGUCGCGAAAGGCAAGAAAACUCAUGCAGAAUGA